UUCUUCAUUUGCACAUCCGCCUCCAUAUUAUUUUGCAAAAAAAUUAGAGAGAGAGAGAGAGAUAGAGGUCGAAUGAAUGGCAGCACACUGUGUAGCAAAACUGUGUUACUAUUGCUGCGGCAAAGAAGCCGCCGCAGCAGCCCCUCCCGUAACGGACCCUUACAGUGUGGAGCUGUUGAAAAACUCGGAAAAGGCGAGGACGUUCGUCGACAACUGGCCGCAUCCGGCUCCGCCGCCAUUGGAACUCGCAAGGGCAGGAUUUUAUUACGUGCCGAACCAGGAACCAUGUGGAGACACGGUUCGCUGCCCUUUCUGCUCGAUAUCCUUUUCCGACUGGAAAGUCGGCGACAUUCCGGUGCGAAGACACAUUGACAAGAAUUGCUUCUGUCCGUACAUAAAUACACCCGACACGGGCGACACCGAUUAUCCGAGGCUGCAUUGGAAAAUCGCGGUUUCACAGCCCUGCUGCUUCCGCCACAGCGACGUCGAGCCACCGCCGCGCAGGUUCUCCAUGGCGACGAUGCACGCCCGACUGCAAACCUUCGUCAAGUGGAGGGGAAACGCCGAGUUCGGAGUCAGAUUGGCCAAGGCCGGAUUUUACUAUUCCGGUGACAAAGACCACACCAUAUGCUUUUAUUGCGACUGAAAGCUGGUAGACCGGAGAAAAGGCGUUGACGUUCCGGAGAUCGAGCACGACCGCGAAUUUCCACAUUGUUAUCUCGCCCGACACAGGCGCCAGCAACGUCGCUCGGAGCCGUGGUUGAAAGAGUACGA